AUGUCUCGUACUGUGGGUAGCUUCAUUCAACAACUGAAAAGCUAUGAUGAAGCGCAAACUCUCGAGUCUUUGUUGGGAAAUGAAGAGUUCACCAACCUUCUUCAGGGUGUUUACACAUCCCUUUCUGCGAAGUCGAAAAGCACAGUCCAGGACGCGUUUCGCAAGACCAGAAUCAAAAGGAUUAAGGCAAAGAGUAUAGCCCUUGCAACAAUCCUCGGGUUUCGCGACAUUUCUGCACCACCUGGCAUGCAGAAUCAAUUUCAAAUAUGGAGGGAGAAUCCGUCGCAGUUUUGGCUGUCCAUCGACAGUCAGCUGAAACCACUGCCGCAAUUCGAAGUGUCAGUGGAGACCGUCGCUACUCAAGCAUACCUGAUGGUCCAAAGUCUUCAUCUUCGACGUGUAUGGGAUGCCAUCCUUUGGAGGUUCUAUGCUUGCUUCUUUUACAACCUCGCGUUGUUGAUAGGGCAUGGGCAGCAGGUUAUGACGAACAAUCUGUAUGAUAUUCUCUAUCAACGGCUAUUAAAAGCAUUCACGCAAUCGGAAAGGAUCACUGACGACGCUGGCGUAAUCAAGUUAAACCUACAAACUUGGGUCGCUGCCGGGUCCAGAUAUCAUAAAAUAUGUCUUCAACUCGGGAAAGGCGCCUUGUUUUUGAUUCCACAGAUAUCAGAUGAUCUGUGGGAAAAUCCAAAUUGCUUGAAAGGCGCAGAAUUCGAUGAAGCAAUGAACCAUUUGAAAGACCAAGGCAUUACGAAGCUAUCAAACCAGCUUGGGGCUGAUAUCAUGGCCAACCAAAUCCUGAACUCCGCACUUGAUCCAUUUCGAUGGGAUGUCACAUUAAAGGGGCCUAUUGCCAGUUCGUCCAUCGAAUCAAGGACUUCCAACGUCAAACCAAUCUCAAUAUCUGCACUGUUGAAUAUACCGGCAACGACACUGGCACCACACUUAUCGCAAAUUGGAACUUCUUUAUCAGGAUAUCCUGGUGGGUCGAGGGGUUCGGAAAUACAAUUGGAGCUGCGCGGCUCGCCUCAAAAACGAAAGCGUGUCAACUCAACAUCCACUCCUGGUCCAACCGUGACCCGAACUAAGGAGAAGGUUAUCAUGGAACCUUUCUCAAUGUUUGGAAAAAUCGGCGUGCUAGAUUUUCAUCCAGUGGAUAAGCUAGAAAUGAUUCUGGGAAAACGUCUUUUCGAUGCUACGAUGAAGAGCCGUAUGAGACAUAAAGAACGCAACGCGCAACUUACCAGCGCUGUAAUUGUGCAUGCUCCAUAUACAGACCAGGACUUCAUGAUUAAGGUAUGGGUAUGUUCAUUGACCGGAAAAGACAUUAUACAGGCCACGAUGGGAUUAGUCGAGGACUUGAGGAAGUUACUUGGUGAGUGCCUAUUCAAGGGUAUGGAGGCAAGCGUUUGCAGACAAUUCGAAGUGAGACGGGGAAACUCAGGAGGUAAUCGUGCGGUCAAUGUAUCUUUCGGCAGCAAUGAUGAUGAUGACAGUGAUUAUGAGAUGGAAAUAUGGUUGGAGUUCGAGACUGGUCAAUUUAUUAUGAACCAUCUUUCAGGCUUAAAACAAUUUGUUUAG